AUGCAUGAGAAGAAUACGUUGAAUAAGCUGUUCGCCCUUUUGAAUGAGCAUCGUAACACAGAUUGGUUACAUUGGUCAUUAUCUAAGAAAUACUUAUACCGAUUAGAAGAUUUCCCCAGUAUUGAGAAAAUAAAAAAGGAGAGGUUAGGUCACGAAGAAACGGUGAAAAUUCUCAUUGGUCAAUUCGCGCCAAAUGUGAAUUUUAAAGAUGAAAAAGGACGAACUCCCUUGCAUGUGGCUGCCUGGCGUGGUCGUGAUGAAAUGGUGAAAAUUCUGAUUGAUCAUGGUGCGAAUGUAAAUUUCAAGGAUGCAAACGGAUGGACUCCUAUAAAAGUGGCUGCCUCGUUUGGUAAUUCCAACGAAAAUUCAUCAAAUAUCCAGGCAAAAAGUCAAAACCGUUUCAUUUCUCUGUUCAGGUCGGCAUGA